AUUAUAGUCCAGUUCGGAGAAAUAGAUGCAAUCCAACAUACCUACGUGAUAAACAAAUCGAUUGUUUACCCAGAAACAACCAAACCGACUAAAUAAAACAUAUCCAAAAUCAUAUGUCUAGUUAAAAUAAUAUAAUAUUAUCAAAACAAAUUAUACAAAUAAAUUAUAAAUUUAGUUAAAGCCAAAAGUAAAUAUCAAUUAAUUAUAAUAUAUUAUCUUUAUAAAUAUUUAUAUCCGUGCAUGAUCACGGGAGAAUCACCUUGUAUAUAUAUACAUUAGAUGGAGCAAAGAAUAUAUUCUCUUUAGCCAUAAAUAAUUGAUGGGGCAAGGAAUAUUUCUAUUUGAAGCCUAAGAUGAUUAUAAAUUGUAAACAAGCUCGACAUCGUUUCAUAACACAAGAAACAAACUUUCUAAAAAAUGGGAGAUUUCUUUCAAUCAAGAGAAUGGAUGUAUAAAAGAUUAAAACGUUCUGAUCAUAGUUUGUGCGGGAAAUUUAUUGAGGGUGUAAACACUUUUAUUUCUUUUGCUUGUAAUCAAGCAUUUUUUCUUGAGUGUGGGAAGUUGUUUUGUCCUUGUAAAAAAUGCAAGAAUCAAAAAUAUCGCGAUGUUGAUACAGUGACGAAACAUCUUAUGUUGAAAGGAUUUACAGAAAAUUAUUACUUGUGGACGCAUCACGGAGAAAAUUGGCAAUACAAUGAUGGUGAAGCCUGUUCAUACGGCAAUUUCAGAUAUCGCACUCUUCUUUCGAGAUAUAUCUGCCAAAAUCUUGAAGAUUGAAGAUGUUGCUAGACUGAAAGAAAAUAUUGCAAUUAUGCUUUGCAAUCUUGAAAAAAUAUUUCCACUGGCAUUCUUUGAUGUGAUGGAACAUCUACCUGUCCAUCUCCCAGAUGAAGCUUUACUAGGUGGUCCGGUCCAAUAUAGGUGGAUGUAUCCGUUUGAACGAUACAUGUAUCAUCUGAAAAAAAAGGUUAAAAACAAAGCCAGGAUCGGAGGAUCAAUAGUGGCUCAGUGUGUGAAUGAAGAAAUUUCUUACGUGACAAAUAAUUAUAUUGCACCUUCAACAGUUCAAGUCCCUGAAAAAGAUGUCAACGAAAUCAGAUUCACUUACAAAUAUCUUGAUGUUCCAAUAAUGUUCCAGCAAGAAGGAAGAAUCAGUGGAAAAUCAAGUAGUGCAUGGUUAAAUGACGAAGAUUAUAAUAUUCUUCAGACAUUUUUAUUGCUCAACUGUGAAGUAUUUGAACCAUAUGAGAGGAUGUUUGAAGAUUAUAUGAUGGAUAACCACCCAAACAUAACUUCUAACGAUAUGACAAGAGCAAAAGAUGAAAAAUUUGCAAUGUGGUGUAAAGAUUACAUUAACAAUGCUAGCAAAUCAUUUGAAUUUCCAUUGUGGAUGUUGGAAUUUGUACAAGGUCCAAAGCACCAAAUCACGUCAUGGCCUAUGUAUUAUUCGAGAGGAUAUCAUUACCACACACAAAGCCAUGGACAAAAUAAAAAGAAAAUGAAUUUUGGUGUUUGUGUUCCUGGAACUACCGAGACCGAGUAUUUUGGACUUAUCGAAGAAAUAUUCAUGAUAGAGUAUCAUGGUGCCGUUGGGUUAAAAGCCAUGAUUUUUAAAUGUCAUUGGUUCAACAUCGAUCAAGGAAUACGAAGACAUCCAUCUGGCAAUGUUGAUGUUUGCCCACAAAUGCAUUAUGACAAGUACGAUCCUUUUAUAUCACCAGAACAAUGUGAUCAAGUAUGUUAUGUUCCUUAUACUCGUCUACGAUCAAGAAGAGAAGAAUGGUGGACAACAAUAAAAGUUAUGCCGAGAGGAUUUUUUGAAACUAAAGAAGUUUCUCAAAAUGCAAUACAAAACAAUAUUGUUGAUCAUGUGAUAUCAUCCACUAAUAUUGUGCGAGUCGAAGCACAUGCAGUCCAAGAUGAUUCAAAUUACGAACCGAUGCCAAUGAUUAAUCCAGAAGAUGAAUAUUUAUCUGAAAAUGAUUUUAUCGAUCAGUAUGACGAAUAUUCUUAUUCAGAUUCGCAUUCGGACUAAUAAUAUUGUAUGAAUAAAUGGUUUAAAAAAUAAUGUAUGUGUUAUAAAACAAAUUAGAAGAUAAAUAAUAAUUUGUAAUGUAUUUAAUAUUGUAUGAAUAAAUGGUUAAGAAAAUAAUGUAUGUGUUCUAAAACAAAUAAAAAAACAAAUAAUAAUUUGUCAUGUAUUUAACUUAAUUCCUUUGUUUUAAUAUUGUUUUUAAUUUAUCUUUGAAUGCUAAACUUUAUCAAAAUUCCUAUUUAAUUAUUAAUAGUAUUGUUGUAAAAUACUAACCACAAAAUUCUUAAGUGGCGGGAGUAAUUUCCCGGGUAUAUAACUCCCGUAGAAACAAAUAGCGACAAGUAGAUUGGUAACAAUCUAAAAAUUAGAAAGUAAUCACGAAAUUUUUCACUUCCCGGGUUGUUUUCCCGGCUAAACCAAUAUCAGCCACUUGAUUUAUUAAUUGAAAAAAAGGAAGCUAAUCUACUUGUUUGCUCCGCCUACAAAUAUUACGUAUCUAUCUUGUCCUCUUCUCACAGUCAAUCUCUAUCCUUUCUCACAGUCAAUUUAAAAAAAAAAAAAAGCUAACCCUCAGUAUCCUUUCUCUCUUCCUUACGUUCCUCUGUUUAAGAUGAAUAUCCUACGUGGUUCUUCUUCAGGGCCAGCUAAGAGGAGCCGUCAAACUUGUCUUCCUCCUGGAUUGAACAGGCCUGCUACGUCCGCUUCUCUUCCUCCUGGAGCGACCAGGCCGGCUUCGUCUGCGUCUCGACAUCCACUUCCAAGCUUAGCUGCUGUGAUGAGUGCACCAGAGAGACGUAACAUGCCUCUUCUCCAUCCACAAAGGCCCAAUGGAACUUUAUGGUUUGGGAUAGACGAUUGCAUCCGGAAAAAUGUAGUGUCAACAUAUCAGUCAAACAUUUGGGGACCAUGGUGGACCUACAGAAUGGUGCCAGAUGAGAAGAAGGUCGCUUGGUGGACUAGUUUUCUGCAACAAUACUAUUGGGAUCCUAAGCAUCACAGUCAAGUUCGUUUUCAGUGGGAACAAAUUCUGAAAAGCUCAAUCAGAGACCUUGCUUAGGAGGAGAUCAGAAGAAAAAAAGAAGCCAGAUUUUAUUGGCCUAGCAGAUUGGAACUUGAUGCUAGAGACUUGGCAGGAGGAGCCACACCAAAAGAGGAGCAAAACGAAUUCUGAGAAUGCUUCCUCAAACCCAGAAGGUUUAGGCACUCACCGUCAUACUUCAGGAUCAAAAAACCACAAGCGUUAUGCUUAUGACUUGACUGUUAAGGCUGGUGGAGUAGCACCUCCAGUCACUGAAGUAGUGCGUAUGACCCAUACUCGCAAGGAUGGCACUUUCAUUGACAAAAGAGCAGAAGGUUUUGUGAAGGCUGCCGAGGCUCUUACAUUGGAGUGAUCACAAGGUUCCUGUCUGACUGAUGAAACCCCAUCAGCACCCUCUACCCAGCAGCUCAACGCUGCUUACAUUGAAGUGGCAACCAAUGGCAAAGGGCGAGUUUAUGGGCUUGGUUCAAUUCAGGAUAUUGAUGAUGAACCAAGUGAGACUGCACCAGCAUCUUUAUUUACACAUGUGGCAGUUGAUGGACGCUUGACCACCAUGGAGGGUGUUGUAACUUGCUUGAAGGAUGAUGUUUCCGGCUUGAAGGAGGAUGUAAUUGGUAUUAAGCGAGGCAUUGAGGUUCUGAUGAAGAUGAAUGGAGUGGACCCUGUUACCUUUGAACCUAUUCAGCGUGAGAGCGAUGCAUCUGUUCGAACUCCCCAAUCAAGCCAAGAACUUGACCAAAAUUCUCCCGUACAUUAACUCUGAUCUUGGUGUCUUUUGUGUUUAUACUAAGUUAAGCUCUAACAUCACUAGAUGUCUUUUGUAAAAACAUCACUAGAUGUCUUUUGUAACUUCUGAAGAACAUCAUUAGAUGUCUUUUGUAAAAAAAAUUUAUAAUUUUAAUGGUAUUUGAAUGUUUAAAUUAAUUAUUA